AGGAAGCUUAAUCGAUAGGAAGGAAGCUUAAUCGAAAUGAAGCAGAAGUUUUCUUCUAUGAUCGAUCGAUAUACACAUCAACAACUCCGAAUUGGAUUAGUUUCUCCUCAACAAAUAAGUACUUGGUCCAAAAAAAUCCUGCCUAAUGGCGAGAUUGUUGGAGAGGUGACAAAACCUUAUACCUUUCAUUACAAAACCAAUAAACCAGAAAAAGAUGGAUUAUUUUGUGAAAGAAUUUUUGGGCCUAUCAAAAGUGGAAUUUGUGCUUGUGGAAAUUAUCGAGUAAUCGGAGAUGAAAAGGAAGACCCGCAAUUUUGUGAACAAUGCGGAGUCGAGUUUGUUGAUUCUCGGAUACGAAGAUAUCAAAUGGGCUACAUCAAACUCGCAUACCCCGUAAUGCAUGUGUGGUAUUUGAAACGUCUUCCUAGUUAUAUUGUGAAUCUUUUAGAUAAACCUCUUAACGAAUUAGAAGACCUAGUAUACUGCAGUUUUUAUUUUGCUAGGCCCAUAGAUAAAAAACCCACUUUUUUACGAUUACGGGGUUUAUUGGAAUAUGAAAUUCAACCCUGGAAAUACAGGAUCCCAAUUUUUUUUACUACCCGGAGCUUCGAUACAUUUCGAAAUCGAGAGAUGUCUACCGGAGGAGGUUCUAUCAGACAACAAUUAGCCAAUCUAGAUUUACGAAUGAUUAUAGAUUAUUCAUUGGUAGAAUGGAAAGAAUUGGAGGAAGAGGAAUCCACAGGGAAUGAAUGGAAAGAUCGAAAAGUUGGAAGAAGAAAAGAUUUUUUGCUUAGACGCAUGGAAUUGGCUAAGCAUUUUAUUCGAACAAAUAUAGAACCAAAAUGGAUGGUUUUGCGUCUAUUACCAGUUCUUCCUCCUGAAUUUAGACCAAUCUAUCAUAUAGGUGAGGAUAAAUUAGUGACCUCGGAUAUUAAUGAAAUCUAUAGAAGAAUUAUCUAUCGGAAUAAUACUCUUACAGAUCUAUUAACAACAAGUAUGACUACACCAGAAGAAUUAAUAAUAUCUCAGGAAAAAUUGCUACAAGAAGCCGUGGAUGCACUUCUUGAUAAUGGAAUCUGCGGACAACCAAUGAGGGAUGAUCAUAAGAGAUAUUACAAGUCGCUUUCAGAUGUAAUUGAAGGCAAAGAAGGAAGAGUUUGCGAGACUCUGCUUGGUAAACGAGUCGAUUAUUCAGGGCGGUCAGUGAUUGUCGUGGGCCCUUCACUUUCAUUACAUCGAUGUGGAUUGCCUCGCGAAAUUGCAAUAGAACUUUUCCAGGCAUUUGUAAUUCGUGACCUAAUUAGAAAACAUCUUGCUUCGAACAUAUGAGUUGCUAAAAGUCAAAUUCGGAAAAAAA